AUGGAGACAGAAAGACCCCAUAGAAGUAAUAGCAAUAGUAGCAGCAGCACAAGCGAGCUCUUUGUAUGCUUCACUUCAAGGCUAUCUUCUUCAUCAAUGAAGCUCUCUUCCAAGUCACUCCUCAGCCCAAGCAGAACCAGCAGAGACCCUCCUCCUCAGAUUUCUCUGUCUUCUUCCCUCAGCAGAAGGCUCAGAAGCAAUGGAAGCAUCAAAGGAGGUGGCCAAGCUUCUCCAAUGUUCCCAGCAACAGCAGCUGUGGGAGGGAAGAGAAGAGGGUGUGGGUUUGAGAACCCUGAACCUUCUUCACCUAAAGUCACUUGCAUUGGACAAGUGAGAGUGAAGACAAAGAAGCAAGGGAAGAAGAUGAGGGUCACAAGGUCAAAGUCAAAGAGAAGAACUACAACAACAAGUGAAGCUAGCUUCAGAAGAACAUCAACAGAAGGUGGAGGACAAAUAACAAACUCUUCAGAUCUCACGAGGCAGAAUAGUUCUUCUUCUGCUACUUACUUGAAGCAGCAGCAUAGGAAUAACCAGAAAUGGGUUCAUCUUCCAUUGACCAUCUGUGAGGCUCUUAGGGAGUUCAAUUGCUUCUUCCCAUGUAGGUCUUCUUGCAUUAGAGACAAAGGGGACAAAGGGAAUCAUCAUCAUGACCAUCAUCAUCAUCAUCAUGGUGGAAGAGAGGGUUCAUCAUGUGGUGCUGCUUUUGCAAGGUGGCUGCAUUUGGCUUUGCAAGAAGGGAAGGAGAGGGAGAUUGAGGUGAUGAUGGGUGAGGAGGAGAAUGAGGUUGAAUAUUAUGAUCAUGAUGAUGAUGGUGGUGGUGGUGAUUUCGGUGGGAGGAGCCAUAGGAGGCACGUGUUUGAGGACAUUGACAUUGAUGUUGUGGAAGGGAAGAAGGAAGAGAAAGAAGAAGAGGAAGAAGAAGAGAAAGGAAGGGUUAGCAUUUGUAUUCCACCGAAGAACGCUUUAUUGCUUAUGAGGUGCAGAUCUGAUCCUGUUAAGAUGGCAGCUUUGGCCAACAGGUUCUGGGAUUCACCUGUUCACAAAGACCAACAUCAACAUCAAGAUGAUGAGGAGGAAGAAGAAGAAGCAGAAGAGGAGGAGAAUAAUGUUGAUGAUGAUGUAGAUAAGCAAGAACGAGAACAUGAACAAGAAGAUGAAAUGGAGGAAGGUGAGGAAGUGCUAAUGAAAACUGAAGAAGAAAGGAUUAGCAUUUCUGAAAGAGAUACAGAAGCUGGUUUUGUGAACAUUGAAGAACACACCCAAGCAUCAUCACUCAUGGAGCAGCCAAAAGAAGAAGAAGAAGAAGAAGAAGAAGAAGAAGAAGAAGAAGAAGUAGCGGUACAGGAAAGUUGCGAAAUUGAAAGCAGAACAAACGCAGAAUUCAGUGAAGAAGCUCGUGAAAGCAAUAAUCAGCACACCGAAGAAGAAGGAGAAGAAACAGAAACAGAGCAAAUUGAAGUUGAAAACGAAGAAGAAGAAAAUCACAAUCAAGAUGGAAACUUUUCAUGCGUUUCAACCCUAGAACCCCAUCCAGAUCCCGAUAAACCGGAAGAAACUAGUCUUCAAGAGGAAAAGAAACAAGAAAACGACGAAAGCUCAGAACUUUAUUCCAUUGCAGAAACCCUAACAGCUCCACAACAAAACGACGAAGCAGAACCAAAAACGACAACAAUGCCUGAACCAUUAACAGAUGAAGAAGCUUCAACAGAAGAGGAGCAACAACAGAACGUGGCCGCAGAAACACCGCCGCCGCAGAUGCCGGAAGUAACACCUCCGGCGAACGAAGCAUCUGAGCCGAACAACGGACUCGGGUCAGAGGAGCGAAAAAUCGGGUCAAACGGCGAGGAGAAAGAAGCAGAAUUAGAAAGAGAAAAGGAAGAAACGUUACCGGAAUGCUUGCUUCUGAUGAUGUGCGAGCCGAAGCUUUCAAUGGAGGUAUCGAAGGAGACGUGGGUUUGCAGCACCGAUUUCAUACGCUGGCGACCGGAGAGACCUGCCGGAAAAAAUUCCGGCGCCGGACGGAAGGUCCACGCGGCGGUGGAAGGCAGAAAUAGCGUCGAUAAGAAAGCAACCGCUGCGGCUCCGCUGCCGCCAGUACAGCCGGGAAGGUCGUCGUGCUCGUUCCCGGCAGCGCCUGGAUUGUCGAUGGCGGCGAUGAUUGAACAGAAGUUGGCAGCAGGACCGAAAUCCAACGCUGGCUACGAGCCAUUUGUGCUCACGCGCUGCAAGUCGGAGCCGAUGAGGACGACGGCAAAGCUCGCAGCCGAUGCGUGCUUCUGGAAGAAGCCUCACGCACCGCCGCCAACACUCGGAGUUGGAGCACCCGCCGGGAUUGGAUUUUGAUAUACUUUUUCCCUUCAAUUUUCUAUCUCUUCUAAAUUUUACUUGUUAGUUAACAGAAUAAUUAAUUGUUGUGUACUAAUGUCAUGUGUAGAUUAAGAAUUAAGAUUGUGUUAAAA